CACACAACACUAACAGGAAAUAAUGUUGACGCGUAGAUCAAUUUUCAAAAUAAAAAAGUUCAUAAUUUUACUAUUAACAGUCUUCUUGAUAUUCAUAUGGGGCAAUCUUUGGAAUGCUAAGAAUAAUGCCGCCGUACCGAAUUCUGGCGCCGAGGACCAGGCUAGGGAGACCUUAUCCCGGUCGGAACGUUUGUAUCAACUGGCCAAGCAGAAGCACUUGAAGUAUCGAGAGUACUACAUGUUGAAGAAGGAGCAGGAACAAACGAACACCUCCGAGACGACUAAAGAAUACGAGACCACAGCCAGGGAUAUCGGAUUUCUAGAAAGCCGAAAGACAAAAGUGACAGCGCAGCCGGCGAAUUGGUAUUUUGUCUACAGCCAAAGGUGCAAAAUGCCCUACGCGGAUCCCUUCUCCAACGAGUCGUUGACCAUCUACAGUCCAGCCAAACUGAGGACUUGCUCGAAUGAGUCGGAUCUGAUUACGCUAAGCUUUGACCUGAAACUACAGAAGUACAAAAUGCAUGUGAAUCCCAAAGUGCUAGUCGAAUUGGAUCCAAACAUUACUCAGCUGACUUGCAGCUAUCAAGAAGUGAGACGCGGACAGAAUCAGACCGGAGAGUUCUUCAGUGUAAUUUUGCCACCCGUCGACAUGACAGACAACAUGGCUUUGGAUAGGAAUAUAAGCGGAAUAAUUGCCGAGUGCCGUGAUGAAAAGAACGCAUCCAGAAUAGUUCAGCGGGAUGCCUUCCCGCUCGUGCAAGUGAUCCCGAAGACAUCACGGACUGAGUCCCAUCCCUUGCCCAGGCAGCCCAGCGUCAUUAUGCUGGGCCUGGACACCAUGUCGCGGAUGAACUUUAAGCGCACAAUGCCAAAGACUGCCGAAUAUGUGCAACAGUUGGGCUGGUUCGAGAUGGAAGGCUACAACAAAGUGGCGGACAAUACGUUUCCAAAUCUCUGUGUUGUUAUGGCCGGUGGCAGUCCGAAGGAACUAGAAAAAGUCUGUGCUGUGACAAGCAAUGUCCGCAUAGAUUUGUGUCCGUGGAUUUGGAGGGAUUUCAAGACAGCAGGCUACUCGACUGCUUACGGCGAAGAUGUAUUGCAGUACGGCGUCUUCACUGGCCCCGGUGUCGGAUUUGGUCAAUUGCCAACUGACUUUUAUCUGCGUCCUCUUCUGCUGGGCCUCACUGAGUCGAUGCGAACUUUUCGUAGGUUCGGCUACAACUAUUGCUUGGGUCGAAGAAUAACCAUUUCGUAUCUGUACGAUUUUUGUAUGCAGUUCACCCAAAGAUUUAUCGAGGAGUUGGAUCAACCUGCUUUCGGUUUCUUCUGGAGCUGCACCUUUACACACGACUAUCAUUACGGAGCUUCCAGCUUGGAUGGAUUAUUUUUAGACUACCUGAAGACACUCAAAAAGCAUAAGAUCUUUGAAAAAGCCAUCGUUAUCCUGUUCAGCGAUCAUGGUGAGAGGUUUGGUGAUCUUGUCGAUCUGCCAGACGGGUUUCUGGAGGAACGUUUGCCCAUGCUGCACAUCUACUUGCCCCCUUGGUUCCGCAAAACGUAUCCCAGUUAUGCCCAGUCGCUUUAUCUGAAUCGAAACCGCCUGUCGUCUCCCUACGAUCUACACAGCACGCUGCGGCACAUUCUCCAGCUGAAUGCAACGAAACCUGAAGAUCUUCCUCCGCUGGCAAAUUGUCCCACCAGUCAAUCUCUUUUCUACCCUUUGCCGGCAGACCGAAGCUGCAAGGAGGCCUGCAUCGGAGAUCAUUUCUGUUCGUGCACCGAAUUCAUUUCCGUUAAGCUCAACGGAGAGGUAUACAACAUUGUUAAGCUGACGCUAUAUUAUAUCAAUCGUUGGAUGAUGGUGGAAAAUUUCAACAGAUAUUGCGAUCGCCUGGUGCUCGCUGAGAUGGAUCAUGCCGAGCGCAAGCUGCUGAACGAGGAUAAUGGUCAGGAGUCCAUGUAUGGUAAAAUUAUGAUCUAUCGCCUGCGCUUUCGUACCUUUCCACAUGAGGGUCACUUUGAGGCCACGGUGCGCUACCACAGUGAACGCCAGAUUUUGGUUGACUUCGAUAUAGAAGAUGUCAGUCGCUUGAACAGAUAUCACAAUGAUUCGCUCUGCAUCAAAGAUAAAAUUGCCAAAAAGUUUUGCUUCUGCAAUGGAAUCGUUGAUCCAAAGUGGAUCAAUCAGUAGU